GAGGCAUCCAUUUCCCCUUGCCCUAAUCAAGAAUAUAAAAAGAAACAGAUUUGAGGCACCGAUCAACAUUGGAAACUGAAUUCUCUAUAAAAUUUCGCACAAAAUUUCUCUUUCAUCUCCCCAAGAUUUUUUUUGUUGAUUGCAUAGUCUCGAUCGCCAUGGCCAAAAGUUCAUUCAAAUUGGAACAUCCUCUUGAGAGGCGCCAAGCUGAAGCUGCUCGUAUUAGGGAAAAGUAUCCUGACAGAAUUCCGGUUAUUGUAGAGAAAGCUGAACGAAGCGACAUACCAGACAUUGACAAGAAAAAGUAUCUUGUUCCUGCUGAUCUCACAGUGGGACAGUUUGUGUAUGUGGUUAGAAAGAGGAUCAAGCUGAGCGCUGAGAAGGCCAUCUUUAUCUUUGUGAAGAACAUUCUGCCUCCUACUGCUGCAAUGAUGUCUGCAAUCUAUGAAGAAAACAAAGAUGAGGAUGGAUUCCUGUACAUGACAUACAGUGGGGAGAACACGUUUGGGUUGAUCUGAAGCUGUUAAGUGGGUCUGAAUGUAAAUACGAAGAAGGUGAUGGAUGAAUGUGUACAUUCUUUUAUCAAUGGUGCAUGCUCUGUUUGAUUUCAUAUCUUACUCUCUUAGUGACUCUAAUCUUGUGAACGAGAUCCAAAUAGUAUAUAAGACAAUGAAUGGUAUCUGCAUGGAAUCAAGUUGAGAAGUUUAAUGUGUUUGUUUGACAUGGUGCUAAUAUAAAAUUACAAGCCAAUCGUGUUUUAUUA